CCGGGUGGCUUCCUCUUCCUGAGCGGACAGCGGGGCUCACCGAGGCGGACACGGCAGCAAGGAACGACCAUUGUUUUGAUUGGGAGACAUGGACACCCAUUAGCUAGCUCCAAGCUGUCAGGUUCAAUUUCUACUGUCUUCUUCCAGGACAAUUCAACCCGCAUUUAAAGGAUUGAACUUUUCUCUCUGCAUUGUUACUAGUUGUCCUGGAUGUGUACUUAUGAACCGCAGGAGGACACUGUGAAACAUACUGAAGGCAAAGGCUGUCGAUGGGUGAAAGAAGUUGGCUGCCAGCCUUCUGCGAGAAUUUCUCUUCUCAUUUUUUGAGUCAUGGUCGAAGCUUCGUCUCGCUGUCAAACUGAUGGUGGUGUGUGUGCAGGCGCCGCUGCUUGGAUCUGUGUAAUAUGUGAUUGAAGUGGACGGCCGAGGCCUGGGCCCGCUGUUGUAUUGUGGCCUGGGCUAGGAUACACCUCCUCUGCACCGGAUCAGCAGCGUUAAUUACGGCUCGGAGAUUACCCCUGUUUACGGAGUAGCGACUUGGCCUGCGUGCACCUCUGAAGGAGGAUUCAGUUUGGAAUAAUAAAUGCGAUUUCCAAGCCGUGUGGAGCCCCGGUGGUGGGAACAGCAUCGGCGCUGGACAGGAACGUGUGGAAAACUUGGACACUUUUAAAAGAUGAAUGCUCUGCUUCCCAUGUGACAUGCUUUAGAUCACGCUGUUCUAUCAAGACGGGGAAGCUGAGUUUCACCAGGAGGGAGGGGGGGGGCGCACCUCUAUCAUGAGGGACAUUUAGGGCCACCGACUUUUUAAUUUAUUGAGGGGGGUGCGGGUUAUUUUCUGUUCUAUAUUUUGAUUUGUCAUUGUUAGUAGUGGCACUGUUAGGGCUGCACAGAUUGUUAGACUUGGGCAGUCAUUGCUGUACAUGCUCAUGAUAUGAUUUCCGUUAUCAGCCCCGGGCUACAGUAACCUAAUGGUGUGCAAGCAAGAAAAUUAAUUUAGAGGAAGUGGGUCAGAUCCUUGUUGGCAUUAUGACAAGAGGCAAGCCAGAAUGCUUUCUCUCCCCAUAGAUUUGCAGUAACAGAUGUUGGAUCAUUUAAACCCCAAAUCUGUUUUCUCUAUGUUUUCUAUAAGUUUCAUUACUCGCAGUGUUGCAGCCUGGUAGCCAUUAUCACUUUUAGAAGAAGGUUCUGAAAGGAGGCAUUUUAGCACCGUUGAAUGGCUCUUUGUGGCACAACGGCUUCAAAUGCUACAAAAAUGAUGGCUGCUUAUAACGGUGGCUCCUCGGCAGUGGCUGCCCAUCAUCCGCAUCACCACCACCAGCUCCAGCACCUUCCUCCUCCCCACAUGCACCACCACCACCACGCGGGCCAGCAUCACUUGCAGCACCCGGGCUCCGCCGCCGCCGUGCACUCUGUGCAGCAACACACCUCCACUGCUGCAGCUGCGGCUGUGAUGCUCAACCCCGGCCAGCAGCAGCCCUAUUUCCCCUCUCCUGCCCCCGGACAGGCCCCCGGGCCGGCGGCGGCUGCGGCUCCAGCCCAGGUUCAAGCUGCUGCUGUCAAAGCUCACCACCACCACCACCACCACCACCAGCAGCAGCAGCAGCAUCAGCAGCAACACACGCACCACCUACCACAGCAGCUGGACAUUGAGCCUGACAGGCCCAUCGGCUAUGGAGCGUUUGGUGUUGUCUGGUCAGUGACAGACCCAAGAGAUGGAAAGCGGGUUGCCCUCAAAAAGAUGCCCAAUGUCUUCCAAAACCUUGUUUCCUGUAAGAGAGUGUUCAGAGAGCUGAAGAUGCUCUGCUUCUUCAAACAUGAGAAUGUGCUCUCUGCUCUGGACAUACUACAACCUCCACACAUCGACUACUUUGAAGAAAUCUAUGUGGUGACUGAACUUAUGCAAAGUGACCUCCAUAAGAUCAUCGUAUCACCACAGCCUCUGAGCUCAGACCACGCCAAAGUUUUCCUCUAUCAGAUUCUACGAGGACUUAAGUACCUUCAUUCUGCUGGCAUUCUACACCGAGACAUCAAACCUGGCAACCUCCUGGUAAACAGCAACUGUGUGCUCAAGAUCUGUGACUUUGGGCUGGCGCGGGUGGAGGAAACGGACGAGUCACGGCACAUGACUCAGGAAGUGGUGACACAGUACUACAGAGCCCCAGAGAUCCUGAUGGGCAGUCGCCACUACUCCAACUCCAUCGAUAUCUGGUCUGUGGGCUGCAUUUUUGCUGAGCUGCUGGGCCGACGCAUUCUCUUCCAAGCCCAGAGUCCCAUUCAGCAGCUGGAUUUAAUCACUGACCUGUUGGGGACUCCCUCUAUGGAGGCGAUGAGGACAGCGUGUGAAGGCGCUCGUGCACACAUUGUCAGAGGACCUCAUAAACAGCCAUCCCUUCCUGUUCUGUACACACUGUCUAGCCAAGCAACCCAUGAAGCUGUCCACCUCCUCUGCAGGAUGCUGGUGUUUGAUCCGUCAAAGCGGAUCUCAGCAAAGGAUGCGCUGGCUCACCCUUACCUGGACGAGGGUCGACUCCGCUACCACACAUGCAUGUGCAAAUGCUGCUACACCACAUCCUCUGGUCGUGUUUACACCAGUGACUUUGAGCCUGUCACUAACCCCAAGUUUGAUGAUGGCUUUGAGAAGAACCUGAGCUCUGUGAGACAGGUCAAAGAGAUAAUCCAUCAGUUCAUUUUGGAACAGCAGAAGGGUAGUCGAGUGCCACUCUGCAUUAACCCUCAAUCAGCUGCUUUCAAAAGCUUUAUCAGUUCCACAGUGGCUCAGCCCUCUGAAAUGCCUCCAUCUCCGCUGGUGUGGGAAUAGCUGCUGUCGCUGUGUGUCGUCACCUUUUCCCAACCGACAAGCUGCUAGACUGGGAACAAGAAAAGCGUCUCGACGUUUUCUAUCAUCUGU